AUGCUGCACCUGCCAGUGCGCGGCGUGUGGGCUGUGGCGCUCGCGUGUGCCUUUGGGACUGCGUCUGUGUCCGCGCAUGGGUUCGUGAGCCAGGUGGUCGUCGAUGGGAUAGCGUACGCGGGGAACAUCCCCGGGAGCAGUUCGCCGGGCGCGAGCCCGAUUCGGAUGAUCUCGACGAUCGAUCCGGUGAAGGGAGCUACGAGCGCGGAUAUUAAUUGUGGGUGGGACGCGCAGCUCGCGGAGGUGGUCGCGCCUGCGAGUGCGGGGAGCGAGGUGACGUUCCAGUGGGCGGGCGGGUCGACGGGUGGUUCGAACUGGCCACAUAAUACGGGCCCGCUGAUGACGUAUAUGGCGUCGUGUGGGAAUGUGAGCUGUGCAGAGUUCAACGCGACGGAGGCGGCGUGGUUCAAGAUCGCGGAGCUUGGGCUGAUCAGCUCGGAUAGCGGGUCGGUGACGUGGUAUCAGGAGUAUAUCGAGGCUGGGGAUUCGUAUACCGUCACGCUGCCCGCGAACCUCGAGGCUGGGGGAUACCUGAUACGGCACGAGAUCAUCGCGCUGCAGCUUGCGAUGUCCGAGGGCGGCGCCGAGUUCUAUCCUUCGUGUACGCAGAUUGAGGUCGGCGGGGACGGGACGGGCGUGCCGGAUAGCGAUGAGACGUGCACGUUCCCUGGGGGGUACGCGGACGACGACCCGGGGAUCUACACUCCAGACGUGUACGAUCCAGGGUUCACGUACGAUUUUCCGGGGCCCGCGAUAUCGCAGCUGGUGAGCGGAGAUGGGGAGGGAGAGAUCACGUCUGCGCUGGGGGGCGACGGGGUAGCGAUCACAGCGGGGUCGUCUGCUUCCGUCUCGGCAUCCGUGCUCGUCGUCCCAAGUGGGACAUCCGCCAGCGCGGGCAGUGGCGCGAGCACAGCCAGCGCUGUCACGACUUUGUCUGCCACUGCGUCGACCUCGGCACCAUCGGCGUCUGCGUCUGCGUCGGGUGGCACGCCCUGGUGGCCUGCUCCUAAAUGUCUCUUAUAG